AUGUCGUCUUCUCUCGCAUUUUUGGCCUUCGAGUCUAUUGUCAAUAAGCUAACCGAAACUCGUCCACUCAAAAUUGCCGAGAUCAAUAAGUUUUUGGGCACAAAAAAAGGUGCGUACCCAGUUGAUGCCCCCUUGUUUGUUACAUGGAAUAAAAACGGAAAGCUCAGAGGUUGUAUCGGUACAUUCUCGGCUUUACCACUCGAAGAGGGAGUUUCCAAGUAUGCUCUCAUUAGCGCAUUUGAUGACGAGCGGUUUCAGCCGAUUUCUGUGCUGGAGAUCUCCCAAUUGUCGGUAGGAAUUACAAUUUUGGAUAAUUUCGUGGCCAUUAAUGAUCCGCAAGAUUGGACAAUUGGCACACAUGGAUUGAAGGUCCUGUUCAAGAUAGAGAACCGGACACAUCUGGGUACGUUUUUGCCUCUGGUUGCGGAGGAGCAGGAAUGGGAUCACGUUGAGACGUUGUGGAACUUGUUGCAAAAGGCUGGGUAUCGUGGUGUUCCUCUCGAGAAAACGAUUGAGUUCUACGAGUCCGCGCUCGAGAUACAUUCAAUGAGGCUUGUCCGUUAUGAAGGUGUCAAGGUCGGCGCUACAUAUGAAGAAUAUGCCGAUUUUAGACACAAGUAUUCACAGGCCGCAUGA